AUGGAGAUAGAGCUAAAGGGAGAAGAGAGUCGACGCGGGCUGCGCAUGCAUUUAGAUCGCAGCAUCCACGGCCGCUCGUCCUGGGAAAUUGAGCGCGCCGGCCCGAAAGGGCGACAUCCAUUGUCGGGAUGCGACAAAAAACCGGAGGCCGGCGACGCGGCUGCCGAAGGAACUUUUUUUCCCCCCCAGGAUCCAUCCCCGCCAGGGCCGCGGCGAAAAAAGCGCCAAAAUCACAGACGCGCUUACCGAUCAUCGUUACCGGGGCCGUGGCAAAUAGGGAGACGGGACCGCGGCAUGCGCUUAAGCCGAGGGAUAGUCACCUCGGUCGGUGGCGUAGCAUCGCACCGCCGGCCGGGUCAGCUGCGGCCCCUUGGAGCACUGCACAUCCACGCCAUCGCACAACGCACACACACGAUCGAUCCGCCGAGCAACGGCCACUGUGUCACUGUCGCGGUG